CGAAGACUUCGCGAGUGCUACAGUGUAUUGAAUAAUCUGUGAUAUGUGACGAUUGGUUUAACAUUUAUGAGGAUGUAUGUCUUAUUGCUGGUUCUCAGCUUGCUUGUAAAAGAGUCCCUUCUGCUAAACAUACUUCGUGUGUCUAUCCCCACAUAUCGAGUGAGAGGUCAAACGGCCACGCUGGAGUGCGAUUACGAGCUUGGCACUGACACUUUAUACUCCGUGAAAUGGUACCGUGAUAACGAGGAGUUCUACCGGUACAUGCCCCAGAAUGAUCCUGUGAAGCAUGCAUACAAACUGGAAGGGAUUAAAGUCGAUUUACAAAAGUCGGACGCCAAAAGGGUGGUGUUACACCCGCUCAUGCUGAAAUCCACCGGCCUCUAUAGGUGUGAGGUUUCAGCCGAGGCGCCCAGUUUCGCAUCUGUAGCCGGAGAGGGAAGAAUGGAGGUCAUUUAUUUACCAAAAGAAGGCCCAAGAAUAACGGGAAAUGAACAAGAGAACAGAAGAGGAGAUUCUCUAUUCCUGAACUGCACGUCGAGUCGCUCCUACCCGGCUGCGGUGUUAAGCUGGGACAUAGAUGGAGAGAAGGUGACUGAUCCAGAGCUGUUGGUGGAGUACCCUCCGAUGCAGCAUCAGCACGGGCUCAUGUCGACAGCCCUGGGGCUGCGAGUUCCUGUGGGAAGGACCAUGCAAGUGCGCUGCACAGCGAGGGUGGCUCCUGCGUGGCGGGAAGGAAGUGAAGCUGUGGUCGGGAACAGUCAGCUAGCGGAUAGUAAAGAGGCUAUGCUACUUGUGAGGAGUUCAUCCGAAGCCUCCACGUUAAGUAUAAUGCUGUUAACACUUUCCCUCGCUCUAUUCUUCGGUACUGUAACUAAAUCAGUAACGUGAUAAAUUAUCACGUCUAUUUUCUUAACGAGACGUGAUUACGCAAUGCUCUUAGUUUCUUAGAGACUUUG